GAUGCAUAGUCACGUGGUUGUCACUUAAUUUCGUAUUUCAUAAUAUUGUUUGGAUUUGGAAGGUUUAACUUUAAAAAUAUGUACAAUAUAAAAGGUCCUAGUAAAAUUGUUGCCAAAACUGCAAGAAGGGGUAUUUCUCAAAAUAUCGACAAUUUCAGAGAUCACAAGAAUAAAAUAGUGGAGAAUGAGGAAAUUGAAAUCACAAACGUACCAAAACCAACUUUCAACAAGAAAACAUCACCUGUAGUACAAAGAAGUAAACAUUUAUCCCCUCAGCAUGAAGAAAUAAUACAUUUCAUCAAUGAAUCUUGGAAUUCUGUGUGUGCAGAAUUAGACCAAGAAAACGGAGAUUCCGAUGAAACAAACAGUCCUAGUUCGCAAGGUGAAUCCUCCAUAUGUUAUUAUGAAGACGAACCCUGUCUUUCCCUACAAGAUUUCAAGCCCUUCGACUUGGAAUCAUGGUGGGGAAAACGCCUGUAUGCUUAUGUCACGAAUUCAGUGAAUGCCAAGGGUUAAAGAAAUUUUAUUCCUUUUGACGGGUAUUUCCAGAUCUCUGGAUUUUUUUGAAAAUUGUAUGUUACCAACAAAGUGUCAACUUGGUUUUUAUUGACAUAGAUCUGGUACAUUCUGUUAGUGCAAAUUAAUUUUUAAUUAUUUCAAUUUGUUGUGUUUGUUGAACUUUGAAUAAAUAUUGUUUUAUGAU